AUGGGGAGCAUCGAUUGCAUGCAUUGGGAGUGGAAAAAUUGUCCAGCUGGAUGGAAAGGAAUGUAUCAAGGAAGAUCUAAAAGGGCAACGGUGAUCUUAGAAGUUGUUGUUUCUUGGGAUUUAUGGAUUUGGCAUGCCUUUUUUGGCACGCCAGGGACAUGUAACGAUAUAAAUGUUCUUCAACGUUCUCCCGUCUUUGACGAUAUUUUAAAUGGUCGAGCUCCACAAGUUAAUUUCACUGUGAAUGGAAAUACCUAUAACCAAGGAUAUUAUCUCACAGAUGGGAUUUAUCCAAAAUGGGCAACAUUUAUUUCCGCUAUUACCUCCCCACAAACCCCUAAACAGAAGUUGUUUACAAUCAAACAAGAGAGUAUUAGAAAAGAUGUUGAGCGUGCAUUUGGUGUGCUACAAGCUCGAUUUGCAAUAAUUAGACAUCCGGCUUUGGCAUGGAGUGUCGAAAUGCUAUGGAAAAUCGUGAUGGCGUGUAUUAUCAUGCACAAUAUGAUUGUAGAAGACGAGCGCGAUAAUUACAUGAAUUAUUGGGAUCCAACGGAAUUUUCCACCGAACAACCUGAGAAUCUAGCAGGAUCAUCAAGGAGAGGAGCAACAACUUUCACCGUUACCCCUGGGCGUUAUAAAGAUCAAAAUUUAGCUACAUUGAUGGCUACACGAGAAAAUCUUUGUGAUAAACAAAUUAAUACAUCUUUGAAGAAUGAUUUGCUGGAACAUAUAUGGGCUAGUUUUGGGAGCACUUUUGUCAACUCACCUUAA